GAAGGAUGUAUGUUUCGAACGAUUUUGUAAACGAAUGUGACAUCUAGCGACCAUUGUUAUAGAAUAUCGAACGAAUUACAUGACGACGAUUACAGAAAUAAGCAAAGAAACAGGCUAUGGAAAUAGGGGUCCGAAAAUCGGCUGCAAAGCUCUUAUGGACCGAUAGUCUGAUUACUGUAAUUGCUGUAAUUUCUCAGUGUGUUUAUUAUCUAUUUCUAUUUCUAUAAUAUUAAUGCAAUGUAAUGUGGUAACUGAUUAGCAAGUUGAUCAGUUUACACUACUGACUAUACAUAGUGCAAGCAACAAAAAGUGGACACAGUUUAAUGUGAAACAUAAAACUAGAUUUUUAAUUCUUUAUUGGAUUGCUUAUUUCUGAAACAAGUUUUUUUUCUAAGCCUGUGUUUUAUGAAAAAAUGCCUCUAUUUCGCAAGGAUCCCUGUGGAAUUAUUUGCAUUUUCAUGACAUAUUUGGCUGUGUUUUACGCAGACUAUGUUGUUGUGAGAUGGAUUGUUAUUCAAACUCUUCACAACAGUUUAUGGGGAGCUUUUCAUGCAGUUGCAUUCAACUCCAUAAUUUUACUUCUCACCUUCUCUCACUUGCGGACAGUGUUUUCAGACCCUGGCAUUGUCCCUCUUCCGCAGAGCAAACUAGAUUUUGCUGAACUUCACACAGGGACACAUAAGGAACCAUCAGGAAAAGAUGAGUACACUGUUUGCGCACGAUGUGAAACGUACCGUCCUCCCAGAGCUCAUCACUGUAGGAUUUGCCAGAGAUGUGUGCGCAGAAUGGAUCAUCAUUGCCCCUGGGUGAAUAACUGUAUCGGUCAAUACAACCAGAAAUACUUCCUUCAAUUCCUGUUUUAUGUGGGAAUAUUGUCCGCCUAUGCCGUCUUUCUAGUAGUUUUUUCCUGGAUUCAAGAUUGUGAAGAUUGUCAUAAGGACAAAUUAAUAACCCAGACAAGAAUAUUGCACUCAAUCAUACUCGUGGUUGAAAGUGGGCUGUUUGGAUUGUUUGUGACAGCGAUAAUGUGUGAUCAGCUGCAGGCUAUUUUUGGCGACGAGACGGCCGUUGAACAAGCAAAACAACAAGGGCCAUUCAGGCCAAGAAAACCUCGACUAGCAUUGCUAACAGAAGUGUGUGGUCGGGGAAGUCCAGUUUUCUGGGUAUUUCCUUGUCAGUCACCACCCAAAGAUUUAGAUUUCAUAUCAGGAUACGAUGUCUAAUUUAACAUCCUUGUUCCCCAUUGUUUGUUUGUGAAAUGCAUUCCUCAUAUCUUGGAGCAAUAUUUAUUUUCUCCACUAUCAAUGCCUUCCUUUACUAUAUGUUGAUGUCUAGUUUUUUCCCCCUCCCUUUGAUCUUUCCCUCUAGAUCAACAUGACAGCAAACUUCUUAAACGUUAAGCGACGACAAAGGUACUAUUAAAUAUUAUAAAAUGAAAUAAUAAAUUAAAGAAGACAUUGCUGAAGAUAAGUCGCUUGACGUUCUUUUAUGUUUUGUGAAAGGCAACUUUAAAUCUUGAAAAGAGCACACAUCCAUGCAUGCAUGUUCUGUUAGCUUGCAGAAUUUCUGUUUGCUACUCAAAAUACAUCGAUAAAAUGAAUUCGGAUAAUCUUUUGGCUAUUUUUAUUUCUCUGUUAACGGUGUAGUUGUUACACAUGGGAAUUGUGUCAAAAGUAACAAUGCGCCUUUAAAUAUUAGGUAAUAAAAACUAAUAAUUAAAGGACUAAAAAAAUAAAAUUGGGAUUUAACAAAAUUAGCUAGAUCAUGCAUGGAUGUAUUCUCAAAAUGGUGUUUGUUAAAAAAAUGUAAGUUUUGGUUAAAGUUAUAGGUGCCUUGUCAUGGGAUGGGAGUAAGAAUUUUUCUACUUGGACCUCAUUGUGUUUAAAAAAGGGCGGAAUAAAUUUUUUGGUGUCUAAA